AUCCAGAAUGGUGAGCAGUGGGCAGAUUUGGCAUAUGUCUUAAGUAGAGCCACCAGGAUUGCUGAUGGAUGAUAUGUGAGGGAUGAGAAAAAGGAACAUAGGAAGGGGAUGGUAGCUGGAGGGAAACAUGAAUCCUAAGGAGAAUUUCUAAAAGAAGAAGGGACCAGAUGUCCUCUGGGUCACCCUGCCCCUUAAUAGCCAGGAAAAGAUAAUGGUCUGCACCCCGUUUUGUGCUCUAUGGAAAGCCCGUGUCUUCCCAAGAUUCCCUCCAUCCAGGGGGGACCUGUAUUCUCUUGGUCAUCCCUUAUCUUUGACUUCCUGCUUCUGCUGAAUUAUUAUUCUCCAUUUGGCAUCUUGUGCCCUUUGGUGUCUGCUCUGACCUUUACAUAGACUGAGAGUUCAGUCCUCAAGGUGAUGGAGAGCCUCAAAUGCCAGGGCAAGAUAAGCUUGAUCCUGAAAGCAGUUGGGGCCAUUUUUCUAUCCAUGUAUUUAUUCAACAAGUACUUCUGAGGACCUAAUAUAUACAUCACAGGAGAGAAGAUGGUGAGCCAAGCAGACAGAGUACAUGGGGCUUCCUUCAAAAUAAGAAGACAGGUAAUGAUCCAAUAUUCAUGAAUAAAUAUAAAUGGUGGCUGUGAUAGCAGCUAUGAGGAAAAGAUCCCUGGUGUUAUAGGAGCUUCUAAUAAGGGGAUCUGAUCUAAUUUGAAAGGUUGGAGGAAGCAAGAGCUGGGAUCCGAAUCUGAGAGCAAGGGUGCUCUGGGCAGCGGGAACUGCUUAUGCAAAGGCCCUGGGGUGAGAGAAAGUAUGACAGACUAAAGAAGACCUUGGAGGGGAGAGACUGUGUGGGAUGAAAGAAGAGGUUGCCCUGUGAUGGUGUGCCGGCCUUCCCCAUGGUACACAACCAUGAGGAAAGCCUUCUUCAAAGUCCCCUCUUGAACUCCUGGCCUGAGGUGUGACCUCUGAGCCUAGCGAGAGCUCAUCUGGGGGAAUGUCCAAGUCCAGGAUUUAUGAGACCCUCUUCCAGAGCCCCGAGGAGGGCUGGCAGCUCUACACCUCGGCCCAGGCGCCCGACGGGAAAUGCAUCUGCACGGCUGUGAUCCCCGCGCAGAGCACCUGCUCCCGCGAUGGCCGGAGCCGGGAGCUGCGGCAGCUGAUGGGGAAGGUCCAGAACGUCUCCCAGUCCAUGGAGGUCCUUGAGCUGCGGACGUACCGUGACCUCCAGUACGUGCGCAGCAUGGAGACCCUCAUGCGAAGCCUGGACGCACGACUCCGGGCGGCCGAUGGGUCCCUCUCGGCCAAGAGCUUCCAGGAACUGAAGGACAGGAUGUCGGAGCUGCUGCCCUUGAGCUCAGUCCUGGAGCAGUACAAGGCGGACACGCGGACCAUCGUGCGCCUGCGGGAGGAAGUGCGGAAUCUCUCCAGCAGCCUUGCUGCCAUCCAGGAGGAGAUGGGCGCCUACGGCUACGAGGACUUGCAGCGGCGGGUGAUGGCCCUGGAGGCCAGGCUCCAUGCCUGCGCCCAGAAGCUGGGCUGUGGGAAGCUGACUGGGGUCAGUAACCCUAUCACCGUUCGGGCCAUGGGAUCCCGCUUCGGCUCCUGGAUGACCGACACGAUGGCCCCCAGUGCGGACAGCCGGGUCUGGUACAUGGAUGGCUACUACAAGGGCCGGCGGGUCCUGGAGUUCCGCACUCUGGGAGACUUCAUCAAAGGCCAGAACUUUAUCCAGCACCUGCUGCCCCAGCCGUGGGCGGGCACGGGCCACGUGGUAUACAACGGCUCCCUGUUCUACAACAAGUACCAGAGCAACGUGGUGGUCAAGUACCACUUCCGCUCGCGCUCCGUGCUGGUGCAGAGGAGCCUCCCGGGGGCCGGCUACAACAACACCUUCCCCUACUCCUGGGGCGGCUUCUCGGACAUGGACUUCAUGGUGGACGAGAGCGGGCUCUGGGCCGUCUACACCACCAACCAGAACGCGGGCAACAUCGUGGUCAGCCGGCUGGACCCGCACACCCUCGAGGUCGUGCGGUCCUGGGACACCGGCUACCCCAAGCGCAGCGCUGGCGAGGCCUUCAUGAUCUGUGGCGUGCUCUACGUGACCAACUCCCACCUGGCCGGGGCCAAGGUCUACUUCGCCUACUUCACCAACACGUCCAGUUACGAGUACACGGACGUGCCCUUCCACAACCAGUACUCCCACAUCUCCAUGCUGGAUUACAACCCCCGGGAGCGGGCCCUCUACACCUGGAACAACGGCCACCAGGUGCUCUACAACGUCACCCUCUUCCACGUCAUCAGCACCGCCGGGGACCCCUAGGGGCCAGGGCGGCUCAGGCUGCCACACGAGGGCCGGGGCCCUUCUACCCCACCCGUGUCCCUUACUCUUUGUCUCCGUCCUGCCCUCGCUCUCCCCUGUCCCGUACGUUUUUUUCCUCUCCCUCCCGUUUGGCCGGGCUUUCGUUCUCUGCCUCCCCAUUUCUCUUAGUGCAUUCUGUCUGUGUCUUUUCUCCUUUGUUGGUCUCGAAUUUUGAUCCUUCACUCUUUCUGCCUUUUUAUUAGUGUCCGUCUCUUUUCAUUGAUCUGACUCUCCGGUUCUUUCCCUGUCUGCCUCUCUGUCUCUCUCUUCCUUCUUCCCCUCCCUCCUUGUUUCCCACUCCUUCCCCACUCCCUCACUCCAUGCCCCGCCUCCCUGCCCCCCACUAAGAGUUGAGUGCAUGGAUCCGUUUCUUUUUUUAUUUACACUCGUUCUUUCCGGGUUGCUGGAAUAAACGGGACCUUUGACAUUUGA